AUGAACAAGGAUGCCAAAGCCUUGGUUGCCAGGGCGACGCGGGGACUGCGAGACAAGGGCUACGAGCUUCUAGACGCCCAGAUCCCCAUCGAGUAUGCCUCUUCGCUUCCAAAAUCGGAUGUGCCGAAACGGGGCGCGAGCCAUGCAAAGAGUCACCUGCAGCACAACAUCUUCUGGGCUUCGAGGUCCAGCACGCUGUGCAAGUGCAUCUGUGGCACUGGCGGCGACGCCAAGAAGGCGGGGGGGGAAGGCGGCAAGGCGGAGGACCAGUUCGAGCUGCAGCCAGCCUUCCCAACUGCCGCACCCUGGCGCGCAUUGGACACGGACGAGACGCCUUUAACACGGCCUGCAAGCUCUGCCAAGCGCCUGAGCUUCUCCACUCUCCAGCAGCCGCUGCGGGGUUCUCCGAUUCGGCAGGGGCAGCUCUGGUACCUCUCGGCAGAAGACCAGGCGGACCCCGUGAACUUUUCACUGUAUGUCAACGGCUUCUCCUUCAAGCAUGAAGGAGUGGAGGUUGCCAUCUCCUUGUCGCCUUUUGUGCUGGUACGAAACUGCAAGUUUCAGACCGGUUACAACGCAACUUUGACGGAUGUUAAGAUCUUCAAGAUCUCCUUGUUUGCGCACAGCGCAUGCUACUACUUCGGUGUCCGCAGCAAAGAUGAGCGCUGGGCAGAGGAGGAGCGCAGCCGCUGGGUGCUGGACGUGUCGCGCGCGGUGCGCUUGGUGACGCAGAGCCUUUUCCCGCCGUUUCACAUCAGCUGCGAGCCACUGAAGAGGCAGAAGGGGGCCUCUGCGACGAAGCGGCGCUUGAUGGCAGGCUACGUGGUCCAUCACGAAGAUGUUUCCACAGCCUCGGUGGUGUACCUGGAGCUGCAAGCGCACAAGGAGGGCUUUGCAAAGGUGGUGCUCUACGAGAAUGACCUGUGCGAGGGCGUCCUGGCAGAGAUUGCGGUGCACGAGAACGCUAUGUGCUCGGAGAAGAUUGGCAUCAACUGCAGCUGCUUCAGUGUCGAGGAUCACCAAUUCUCCACACGGAGCCUGGCAGAGAGGAAGCUCUGGCUGCGGGCCAUCUCCAAUGUGCGGGUGAAGUUGCAGAAUGGUGCGCCAGAUCCUUCUGAGGAGGAGCUUGCAAGCUUCCGGGCAUCCAUCAAGGACCACCUCCUCAGCAUCCGAGCAGCCAUUGAAGGUCCAGGUUUCAUCGAGGCCAACGGCAGCCUUCCGAAGCCCAGGAUCCAGAUGAUGGACCCUUUGCUGCAACGGUGCCAUCCGCGGCGGCCUCCGCCCAGUUGCCGAGCUACGAGUGUAACUGCCGUCACAGCUUGCCCAGAACCAGGCACAAAGAGCACUGACCCGGCAAAUGCGGCGCCAGACAAUGGGAGGCUACCCGAGCUCCAAGCUAUACAGCUUGAGCUGAAGCCCAUGCCGCGCGCCACAGCAAGGCCGCAGGAUCCGGAAAUGGUUCCGAAACCAGGCGAAGGAUGA